UGGUCGCACGCAAUCGACCGAGCCGCCUGUAGCACGUAAAUAAUAAAAUAAUAUUAUCAGAUGUGUUAAGAUUACUUUAUCAGUUUCCAUACAAAUAUGCGUUCGGAUUUGGCGGGCGUAUGUCAGUGCUGUGUUUGGCGCGAGUGGUUGUUACUUUUGUAACAUCUUUUGAAUGUGACUGUGGAUUUUAAAAUACAAAAAUGAAUUUCACGGAUUUCACUACGGAGUUUUCCACUCCCGCGGAGUUUUUCACGCCUACGGAAUUGUUCACCCCUACGGAAUUUUUCUCGACGACAAUUGCACCUGAACAGGAGUCCGGCGAUGUUAGGGGAUGGUUAACGGAUCUGAUAAUGCAGAGGGCAGCAGUCCAGGGCAGCUUUUGGCAAGGCUUCCUUGCUUCCUUAUCCGUGGUCAUAGUAUCAGAGCUUGGUGACAAGACGUUCUUCAUCGCUGCCAUCAUGGCGAUGAAACAUCCCAGAGUUAUAGUUUUCGCUGGAGCGAUAUCAGCUCUGGUUUUCAUGACAGUUCUCUCUGCGGCGUUUGGAUGGGUGGCGACGGUGAUACCAAGAGUGUACACCCACUACAUAAGUGCUGCGUUGUUCGCGAUAUUCGGUUUGAAAAUGCUAAGAGACGGGUGGAAGAUGGAUCCAAACGAGGGUCAAGAGGAACUUGAAGAAGUACAGCACGAGUUAAAAAGAAGAGAGGAUCAGGAAGAAAAAGAAGAGACUUUAGACAUGCUAGAACAAGGCCAAGCGGAGAACAGAAGGAAAAAGCGUAAUGCGAUGCUAAAAGUGCUACUGCAAGCUGCGUCUUUGACGUUUUUAGCGGAAUGGGGUGACAGGUCGCAGCUUGCGACCGUGGUGUUGGCGACAAGGGAAAACGCCGUGGGGGUGGUUGUGGGGGGGUCUUUGGGGCACGCCCUAUGCACAGGGUUGGCUGUGAUCGGAGGGAGGAUGGUGGCACAAAAGAUAUCCGUGAGAACUGUUACAAUAAUCGGUGGAUUAGUGUUCCUGUUCUUCGCCGUGAGUGCUUUAGUGAUCGGCCCUGGUGAAUAGAUAGAUAGAUAAAUAAAUAAAUAGAAUACUUUAUGUAAGUUGAUCUCACACUGCCACAAAAGCCGCACGCGAUUAUUUUUUAAAUGGGAUAGUGAGAAUGACUGCAAAGUCAGCUACAAAGUGACGUGCGGCCAAUCACAACUCUUGUUCAAACCGGCCCGUUUUUGAUUGGUCGUACGUAAUCAUUCAUUUUAUCCUACUAUAAAAUACAGAUCCUUCUUUUAUGUGAACUUCAAAGUGUUCCCACCGUGACGGUAUGAGGGUACUAAACAUUUAUUAAUUAAUCGUGUGUAAAACCCAGUAUCUACCCGAUAUACCGACAUAGCUGCGUUGCGAAGCUGAAGUGGUAAUUAGCGGGGCACAUAGUUCGUAGCGGUCUACGCAAGGACGCCAUUCCAGUUGGGAUGUUCCCAACUGGAAUGGCGUCCUUGCUCCGGUCGACCCCCCUACUCAGUGGAAAAAAAAACAUAAAACGAGGUGCUGGACGCAAGCGGUAUAGGACAACUCCUUAGAAAAGACCUAGGCCAGCAGUUUACAUUUAUAAGUUAUUGUGACGAUGAUGAUGAUAAAAACCCAGUAGGUAACAUAACAGUUUUUAGCCCGACAAUAGAGCUUAAAACUAGAAAAACGAGGCAGCUGUUAAAAGUCAAAGAGGCCGAUAUUAAAGGAAUCCGAAUUUUACUGCGGCCGGCGGUCGACUGUGUGCGAUCAACUUAAAAUAGGUAAAAAGUUCGGUUUAGACGAUUUUACUCUAAGCGACUAUAUUGUAUAGCUUGUAAUAUAUUCGUAUGUUGUUGAUUAAGUUUAUCUCAUGAAUUAAUAUAAUCCAGUAGCCUUAUUACAAGAUUUGCUCGCUCGCAAUUCGAGGAUUCGUUUUCGAGUAUGGUAAUACUUGAACAUCGGAGUAAAAUGGAUCUUAUUUGCAUUGAAUUAAACUUCAAAUUUGCCUACAAUUCUUUAGCUCAGGCUUUUGACAGAACGUCUGUAAAACAAAAAUCAGAAGGACAAGAUGGACGACUAGAAAAUGAGUCUGGUCUAUUUUACUUUGACGAUACAGAGUUCAGAAAAUGACACCUCGAUUGCGAACGAGCAAACCUUGUACUAAGGCUACAGGAGAUCCAUAAAACUGGAAGUCGGUCUAACCAUAUGACACAUUUUAUGAACAUCCUGUAUUAACACUGGCCACAGGCUUUUGACAGAACGUCUGUAAAACAAAAAUCAGAAGGACAAGAUGGACGACUAUAAAAUGAGUCAGGUCUAUUUUACUUUGACGAUACAGAGUUCAGAAAAUGACACCUCGAUUGCGAACGAGCAAACCUUGUACUAAGGCUACAGGAGAUCCAUAAAACUGGAAGUCGGUCUAACCAUAUGACACAUUUUAUGAACAUCCUGUAUUAACACUGGCCAAUAAUUGCGGGAAACAUUUCAAUAUGAAAUUAUUGUUAACUUUUUAAUAAAAAU